UACUGCGAAUUGUAGCUCUAUUCACAUCAUAAGCGGUUGUGCAGAAAUGAUUUGGAAGGCAUCUCGAGCCUGUAGGCGCUUUGCACCGGCUGUCCACUACACUUGCGGUGAGCAGAACAGUGAGGACCAACUGCCGCCCCAGCGCCAAUGACCGAUGCAUGUAUUUGAGAUCACCUCACAACCUACGGAGGCAUCUUUGACAGCCCGCAUGGUGCUGUAAAGCUCUAUCCUGCCGUCUCACGGGCGACAGUCUUGGACUGCAGCUUGAAUUUUGAACGUUGACACGGCAGGUCUUAAGACGACAGUCGAAAAUCUAUUUGUGUGUCAUUGCCUUGAGCGGAAGGUCAUUUGUCUUUCUGCAAUCGAUCUCAAGGAGCGGUUGUAUUGGAUGACCUCUUGAUUUACCUCUUGUAAGCUGAGUUCUUCGUCUUUGCAGGUUUCGAGUAUACAAUGCAUUGUUAUUAUCCACGUUACGCGAUUACCCAAGUACUAGAUUCACAUCAACCCACCACACACUCCCACCACACACUUCCAACACCCAUCGCAAUGGCGGCCACCCAAUACCCUUUCGACACUGUGGAUGAUGCGGCGGCAGUCGCAAAUAUUCAGAACCUCAUGCCAGUAAAGACCAAUAGUGUUCUUGAUCCAAAGUUCUGCCAGGAACAAAUCCGCCAAGAUGCAGAAGAAACCCAUAUCAUCGUGCAUCACAAAUUCCCUCAGCUGGUGAAUCAGUUCCUACAGCACAAGCGGGAUCGUGGCACCGAAAUCGAAAAGAGGCUGUACGGAACUCCAGAAACCUGGACCUACGAGCACCAGGUCCGCCGCUUGAUCGAGAAGCGAGCACUGGUUUUCGUGGGCUCCAACGAUGGCACAAUGCUCCGAGACGGCACCCAGGUCGGGUCGCUUGCCAAGGAAUGGGACAGGGUCGGCACUGAUGCCGAGGCCACCAGCAAGUAUCUGAAGCUAGAGGAUUACCUCAGCUACGACGAGAUGAUGCUCGGGUCGCUGAUUGGGGUGAGCGGCACCAGCUAUUUCAUCAACGAUGGCUCACGCUUCAACGCGGCUAGACCGGGGAAGCCGUCCACUUUCGAGACCCGCGGCUUGAUCGUCGGUCUCGUCGGUGCCCGGUAUGAGCGGAAUGACCGCAUGGACAGUGUCUUUUGUCAGCCGCCGGCCCCCAGACCCAGGCAGCACGGAGAGUUGACCAACAUCUUCGCGGACUUCUUCGGGAAGACGAGGCGGCCUGAGAGAUACUUCAACCUGAGCAUGUACAAGGCGCGCAUUCGAAUCGCGAUCGAUCUCCUGCUGCUCGAGGCCAACGACGCGGCAAAGGCUGUGGGAAAACAAGCAUACGUCCACGUCGUGGGUUUGGGGCUCGGGGUCUGGCAGGUGGACGUGCACCAGGAGGAGGCUUACGUUGAGGGCUUUAUGGACGCGCUGGAUGAGUAUGGAGACGUCCUCUCGCACAUCGAUACGCUCAACUUCAGCUACAUCGACGUCCCCCGGGACACGGCGGCGCAGAUGAAGGCCACGGGCGCGACCCACGACAUAGAUGUCUUGUUCACAAGGCGCAACCCCGCCGCGAAGCUACCCCCCUGCAAGGAGGAGGUAUUGCUGGUUGUCUCGUAUGCCUGGGAUAGCAACAGCUUUCCGGGGAACGAGUAUUGGGGCGGCAGCCUGACCGCGAGCGGAGACCCGGCGGCGGCUGCCUUCUCUACGAUUUCGGAGUUGCACAACCCGGUUUUGAAUCCGCAGUUUCUGCAUCAUAUCAAGGUGCUCAGCCCGGUAGGCUUGCCAGCGUGAUCUUAUCAUGAAGACUAGUUUUCAAGGCUGUUGUCCGGUACUGACAGCGGAGGCGGACGUGUGAACUGCUUGGAAGUCAUGAGUUGCUUCCUUUUACGUACAAUGGUUUUUGCAAAGUAGUUGAUAAUCUGUUGUGUUAAACUAUGUCUUCUCAUCUUUCUUGCGCCUCUUCGUGGCCUUAACUUGUUUGAUCUGACUGCGCGACGGCAUAUGAUGUUUGAGCCGUGCUUCUCGAAACAGUUUCGGACAUGACGGCCAAGAGCCAGGCUGCAGCGGAAUGACGCCCCACUAUCUUGAUACCUGUUAUGACACGGACAGACAGAUUGUCCUG